CUGUGGGAUAGUGGCAGUAUAAAGUAUAUCCUCUCUCGGACAGAGAUAAGAAGCCCAAGGCAGGAGGGGAUGAAGAUGGCGGACGCCAAGCAGAAAAGGAAUGAACAGUUAAAACGGUGGAUAGGCUCGGAGACAGACCAAGAGCCACCUAUCCUGAAAAAGAAGAAGACGAAGGUGAAGUUCGACGAUGGCGCCGUGUUUUUGGCAGCCUGCUCCGCCGGCGAUACCGAGGAGGUGCUACGAAUGCUGGACCGGGGAGCUGACAUCAACUACGCCAAUGUAGACGGUCUCACUGCCCUACAUCAGGCCUGCAUAGACGAUAACGUGGACAUGGUGACGUUCCUGGUGGAGCACGGGGCGGGCAUCAACCAACCUGACAAUGAGGGCUGGAUCCCUCUUCACGCUGCAGCCUCUUGUGGAUAUGUGGACAUAGCCGAGUAUCUAAUCAGUAAGGGUGCGAGUGUGGGCGUCGUCAACAGCGAGGGGGAGACGCCAUUGGACAUCGCCGAGGAGGAGGCCAUGGAGGAGCUUCUGCAGAACGAGAUCAACCGACAAGGAGUGGACAUCGAGGCCGCCAGGAAAGAGGAAGAGAGGGUCAUGCUGCGAGACGCUCGGCAGUGGCUCAACAGCGGCCAGAUCAGCGACGUGCGGCACACCAAGUCGGGAGGCACGGCGAUGCACGUCGCCGCCGCCAAGGGAUACACGGAGGUUUUAAAGCUUUUAAUCCAGGCGGGAUAUGAUGUAAAUAUUAAAGACUAUGACGGCUGGACGCCCCUCCACGCCGCAGCUCAUUGGGGGAAAGAGGAGGCAUGUAGAAUACUCGUGGAGCACCUGUGCGACAUGGAGGUCAUCAAUAAAGUGGGUCAAACAGCGUUUGAUGUAUCCGAUGAGGACGUCCUCGGCUAUUUAGAGGAGUUGCACAAGAAACAGAAUCUGCUUAUGAGCGACAAGAAGGACGUGAAGAAGUCACCUUUGAUAGAAACUACGACCACUGGGGACAACAAUCAGCCACUGAAACCACUGAAGAGCAAAGAGACUCUCCUGCUGGAGCCAGAGAAGCCUGCGCCACGCAUCGAGACCCUGGAGCCAGAGAAGGUGGACGAGGAAGAGGAGGGCAAGAAGGACCAGGAGUCCAGCUGCUCCAGCGAGGAAGAGGAGGAGGAAGACUCAGAGUCUGAAAAUGAAGCAGAGAAGAGUAAACCGGCCGCUCCAACCAGAGAGACCAACAGCACAACCCCAGCGCCAGCCACCGUUCCCUCCCCAACUAGUCCAACCAACCAGGUGACCCCCACCUCGCCCGUCAAGAAGGAGACCGCGGCCUCUGCAUCCGUCGAGGAGAGCACUGCAGAGGAGCUCGCCUCGUCCGGUGGCAAAGUUUCGCCCAAGGACGACAAGGACGAGUCGCCGUCCUCGUGGCGCAUGGGCCUGCGCAAGACGGGCAGCUACGGCGCCCUGGCCGAGAUCACCGCCACCAAGGAGGCCAGCAAGGAGAAGGACACGGCCGGCGUCAUGCGCUCCGCCUCCAGCCCCCGCCUGUCCUCCUCGCUGGACAACAAGGACAAAGAAAAGGAGAAGGAGAAGACCCGACUGGCCUAUGUGGCGCCUACCAUCCCUAGGAGGCUGGCUAGCACGUCCGACAUCGACGAGAAGGAGAACAGGGAUUCUGCUGCUAGUUUGGUACGCAGUGGCUCCUACACCAGGAGACGCUGGGACGAUGACCUGAAGAACAGUGAAGGAACCGCGUCCCAGAACAGAACCAGCUAUCAGCGCAGCACGUCCCACACGCUAGCGCUGGGCCGGAGUGGCAGCACGCGGGACGUGCCGGCCAAGUCCCCCUCGGCCUCCAGUCUGGACCCUAACACCUGUAACACUAAACCCUGGCAGUCCUCGUCCUACUACCAGUCUUACAGCAUUCACCGAAGCGGUUCGUUUGGUCGGAGGAACGAGGACUCCUCCACCACCCCCUCCACUACCACCACCUCCUCCACCCUGAGCGGCAGCUCCAGCGUCACCUCCCCCUCUGGCCACCGCAGCCUGCUGUCCAGCCUGGGCUCCGGCUCGGGCUCCAGCCGCCCCUCCGCCACCAGCCUCUCCAGCAGGUACUGGGCCGAGGAGGAGAGAGAAAAGGAGAAGGAGAAGGAGAGGGAGUCUGCCGCGGUCAUCCCCACCAUCAACACUGCAUCCACCACCACCUCCACCUCCACUACAGGCACUGGGCUGGGCUCGGAGAGCCGAGAGCGACGCAGAUCAUACCUCACUCCUGUCCGGGAUGAAGAGUCGGAGUCCCAGAGAAAGGCUCGUUCCAGACAGGCCAGACAGUCCAGAAGGUCCACCCAGGGGGUGACUCUGACCGACCUGCAGGAAGCGGAGAAGACCAUCAUCCGCACCCGCCCCACCACGCGCCGCGAGGACGAGAAGGACGAGAGGGAGAAACAGGACAAGGAGAAGCAGCAGGAGGAGAAGAAGGAGACCGAGACUAAAGAGGACGACUACAGGUCACGCUACCGCAGCUUCGACGAGACCUAUCAGCGCUACCGGCCCGGCUCGUCCUCCUCUGCAGCCAGCACCACGUCCAGCACGGCGCCCACCACCACCACCACCACCUCCUCCUCCAGCAGCAGCUCGCUCUACUCCUCCAGCGCCCUCAACCGCCCCAACAGCCUCUCCGGCAUCACCUCCACCUACAGCCGCUCCUCGCGCGACACCGAGAAAGAGUCGGAUAAGAAGGAGGAGGAGAAGGAGGGUGAGGACAAGUCCCAGCCCCGCUCCAUACGAGAGCGCCGACGCCCCCGAGAGAAGAGGCGCUCCACCGGGGUCCCCUUCUGGACUGCGGAUAGCGACGAGAAUGAUCCAGAUCAACAGUCCGACUCCGAAGAGGGCAGCACUAAAGGCGAACCACAGAGCGACCGGCUGUCCAGGAACGACUCGGGCCUGACUAGCACUUCCUCCGGCGACCGCUACGAGCACCUGACGAGCCGUGGCUACGGCGAAGGGCGGCGGCCGUACAGUAGCCGGCUGGAGAGAGACGACAGCACUGAUUAUAAGAAGCUUUACGAGCAGAUCCUAGCAGAAAACGAGAAGCUGAAGGCGCAGUUACGCGACACGGACCUGGAGCUGGCCGACCUGAAGCUCCAGCUGGAGAAGGCCACACAGAGGCAGGAACGCUUCGCUGAUCGCUCGCAGCUGGAGAUGGAGAAAAGGGAAAGAAGGGCUCUAGAAAGGAAGAUUUCUGAGAUGGAGGAGGAACUCAAGAUGCUACCAGACUUGAAAGCAGAUAACCAGAGACUAAAGGACGAAAAUGGAGCCCUGAUUCGAGUCAUUAGCAAGCUUUCCAAAUAGAACAGAACCUUACCCCCCCAACCCCCCCACCCCACCCCGCAUUCACCCGCUGCCCCCCCUCUCUCGGUGUCUGUGACCCUCCCUCACCACCCCAAUACCCCCCCCCCCCACCCCCUAAAAUCCCAACCCAUGGCAGCAAACUAAUGGUAUUGCACAUUUAGAUAUUAAUUGCAAACAGACAUGAGUGACAAGAAAAGCUCCUUCUCUCCUGAUCAGUCUUUUCUCUGUUUUUUUUACACCAUUUUAUUUUCUAUUUUUUUUCUCUCUCUCUUUCUCUCCUUUGUUUUGUAUCCUCCUUGCCCCCCCCCCCCCCCUCACUCCUACACUGCAACACUCACCCCCCCACCCCCCCCUCACACGUUCCCCGUUAGAAUGUUCAUAUAGAAUUAUUAUGUUUCUUUUACACCGCUGCCUCUAGACAGGACCACUGAGUUUACAGCAAGCGACAGCGGUGCGAACAGCAUUGAGAAGAUUUAAAAAAAAAAAAAAAAAAGAUAAGCAGAUGAAAUCCUAGUGGGCAGGGAACGCCUCGAAAACUAUUUAACCAAUAAGCCUUAGUUGUAUAUAAAUGAAAGAAGGAAGACAAUGAGAAACACUUUGCUUUGAUCUCUUGGGAUGUCACAGAAGAACAGUUAUAUUCACCACCUAUUAUUUUUUUUUUUAUUUGUGCCACAGAAUGUUUUUCUUUCUUUCUUCCUUUCAUUUAUCCCCCCCUCCGCCCCCCACCCAAAAUGUCCCCCUCUUUCCUGCGUCUACCAUCCCCUCCCCUCCAUACCGAUGUCUGUUAUAAAGGGGGGUUCAGGCAUGGUCCGGGUCUCCCUUGUAAGCCCUCUGUGUGUGUUAGGAGUUUUAGCCAUUUGCCGAUCUCCCUCAAGCCCUGUGUGUGUGUGUGUGUGUGUGUUCUCGUGUGUGAGCGUGUGUGCGUGUGUGUGCGUGUGUGCGUGUGUGUGCGUGUGUGUGCGUGUGUGUGCGUGUGUGCGUGCGUGUGUGCGUGCGUGUGUGUUCUACACAUGUCACCUGCCCCAACCCCUCCCCUGCCCAAAGUGCCACACUUGUCCUCACGCCUCCCCAAAGGCCUGGAGGCUCUGACCUUCCAACAUUCCCCCUCUGUGCUUCUGUACACAAACACGCGCACACACACACACACACACACACACACACACACACACACACACACACACACACAUACAUACAUGUGUAUACACACACACGCAUGCACACACACACGUCUCUCCACAUGCCUCCGGAUGAACCUAUGUUGGCAUGUUCCUCUAGGAGGGCCAACAGAAUUUCUCGCUUUACUGGAACAGGUGGACCUGGUGGAAUUUAAGCUUUCACUGUAUGUGCAAUAUGCAUUUCUUUCAUAUAAAAAAUGCUUUAAUGACGAGUCCCAUCACUAUUAAAGGGUUUUCUCCCCCCAUCGUCCCCUACCUCCAUCGCUUGCUCCCACCUCUCCUCCCUCUCUUUUCCUUCUCUCCAAUUUUUUUUCUCUCUCUUUUUUUUAAGUUUGUAGUGUAGUCGUUGGUUUAUAUUCUUAAAUCCUCACUAUGUUUUUAGCAGGUACUGAGUGAAACUGUAUAUACCUGUAUGUAUCGUUUGAGACCAACACAUGGCAUGCGUUUAUGGUUCCCGUCUGUUACUUAUUAAAAAUAUACAAAUUCCAGAGGACAAAAAAGUGUGUUUUAAACUUUUUCUUCUUCUUCCUUACUUUCUUCUUUUCCUUUCUUCCUUCAUCAUCUUUUAUAGCCUAAAGACAUUGAAUUACAGUAGAGCUACUCCCUUCUCCGAGGGCUUCAGCUACAGUGUUCAGUGCAUCCUCUUUUUUUUGUUUUCAGUUUUUAAAGUGUUCCACAAACAUUGCUGAGAUGAGAAUAAUAAUAAUAAUAAUAAUAUAAUUGCUUCACUACAUUUCACACAUUUGUAUUUAGUCUCCUUGAAAGAGUGUUCGUUUUUUCCCCCAUUUGUUUUUUUUGUUUGUUUUUUUAACCUGUAGUAUUAGCAGAGAGGUUUUUUUUUCUCCCCCCCAACUCGAAACGAAACCGAUAAAAUCCCUAUGUUAUCGCUAACCCCAGUCCUGUUUCACAGAUGUCUACAUGCACUGUCAAUGCCAUGUGAGGAGUCUUGUCCGGUUCGUAGCGAACUUUGCCACCUUGUCAAAUUCAAGUCCAUGCAAUGGUAAACAUGUUUUUACGCUUUUUUCAGUGGCCUUUUAAGAUAAAAGAGAAAAAAAAUAACAAUACUGUAGUGCAGAACACAAAAAAGUCGCUGUAGUUGGACUGUCAGCUGUCUCCUCAUUGGUUUAGAUUUUUUUUUUCUUGUUUUGGUUAUUGUUUUCAUCCCCUUUUUAAACAUCCCAUUUAUCUUGUAAAAUAGGCGUGUGGCUUCAUACAUGCAAGCUGUUGCUGUGACUACCAACCACUGAAGAGUUCAAUAAAAAUAAACUUGUACAUUGUAAACA